UAACAGCGCUCGUUAUUGAGAGGUCGCUUCAAUAGCGAAAGGAAGGUGACAUUUUGCUACAGCAGGAGUUUCAAGAGUGAAUAACCCUUGAAAACCAGCAGGAUAGAGCGAGCUAAGAAAGCACCAUGUCUUCUCUUGUGAGGGCUGUGGCGCAGCUGUUUCGUCGCGGAGCCUCGAGAGCGGGAGGGACGAAUGCCGGAGGAGCCGUCCACGUCGGGUUUCGGUACAGGGAGUUCCCAUACAUCUCCCGAAAGGAGACGUUCCACGCGGAGUUAAUCAGUGGUGCCAUGUGGUUCUGGAUUUUGUGGCACUGCUGGCAUGACCCGGAUGAAGUGACGGGUCACUUCCCCUGGCCUGACCCAUCAGAAUGGACUGAUGAGGAACUAGGGAUCCCACCCGAUGAUGUGGAGUGAAGAAGAUUCUUACUUCAGUUGUCACAAAGAUUCUCCUGCUGGGGGUUGAUGUUGAAGAAUGAAGGAAGUGGCCUCCACCCAGACUGUCUUCAGAUCUUCAAUAUUGUAUAUAUUAUAUUAAAUUUUGGUUCUGUAACUUG